AAAAACAUAACUUAAAAUAAUAAAAUACAACGUGCAAAUUGAAAUAUUGUGCAGAAAAUUGGGCGAAAAGUCACACACUGUGUGCUGGUUGUGCGGGGCAGUCUAGGAGCUUUUUGAGUUGCGUCAGCAGGCAAUAAAAUGCCAGGCAAGGUGGGCGUCAAAAUAAAGGCUGCGCGUAAUCUGCCAGUGAUGGACAAGAGCAGCGAGACAACCGACGCAUUUGUGGAAAUUAAACUGGCUAAUAAGGAGCACAAAACCGAGGUAUUCCGGAAAAGUCUUAAUCCGACAUGGAACACCGAUUGGUUUCGCUUUGAAGUCGAUGACGCCGAACUGCAGGACGAGCCACUGCAAAUUCGUCUUAUGGACUAUGACACCUAUUCGGCAAAUGAUGCGAUUGGCAAGGUUAACAUAAGUCUGAAUCCGCUGUGCCUGGAGAGCUCUAGUCAAUCGGGCCAUGGCAAGGGCACAGUGCUCUCUGGCUGGAUACCCGUCUUCGACACAAUGCAUGGCAUACGUGGUGAAAUAAACGUCAUUGUCAAAGUAGACUUGUUCUCCGAUGUCAACAAGUUCCGACAGAGCUCGUGUGGCAUUCCCUUCUUCCACUCACAAUGUGUUCCGUUUGGGUUUCGGGCGCAGGUCAUACAUGGUUUUGUCGAGGAGCUGGUCGUCAAUGAUGAUCCGGAAUAUCAAUGGAUUGACAAGAUACGUACACCGCGCGCUUCCAACGAGGCACGUCAGGUUGUCUUUCUCAAACUGUCCGGGCAGGUGCAACGAAAGAUGGGGUUGAAGGCCAUCAAUAUGGGCGCCAAUGCUGUCAUCGGUUAUACGCAAUGCUUUGACCUGGAGGGCGAUGUGGGUGUUGUCGCACGUGGCGUCGGCACAGCGGUAACACUGAUAAAGGACACCAGUAGCCAGCCAACCAGCGCGGAUGUACCACUCAUCGAAGACACACAUAGAGCUCAAAAGUAUUUAGAUUUUCUAAACUGCACCGGCGGCAGCAGCGCUAGCCUGCCGCUGUCCGGCCGUUCGCCACAGUAUCGUCUUAAUAUAUAUAAACAGCCCAGUGUGAGUGCCAGAUCGGCGGCAGCAGCAGCAGCGGCGGCGGCAACGUUGUUCUAUUUGGAGAGCGGCAGCAGCGAUACGGAGGAUGGGGAUGUCAUGCAGAACUUGUUGAGGCAAGAAGAUGCACGUGGAGAGCCGACGCGGGAAAAGAAGCUGCGACAUCGCAUGCACCGUUUGACCCUGUCCUCGCGGAAUGUGUUCAGCGAGAAAUACGCAACUCUUUUGCGUCGCAUGGAGCCCAAGAUACCAGAGAAUGCCACUCAAUCACUAAGCAGUCUAUUUGGUGGAGCCGGAGCAAGUGGCAAGCGUCAUCGCAAAUCACGUAUCUCGAUGGGCAAGCGGUCAACGCAGGCAAUAACGCGUUCCAUAAGUGAUAAUACAGGCGCAGGGCCAACCAUGUGCCUACUAGCGGUCCCACAGUUGCCCGAGUAUCAAGAGAACACUCGCUCGGCACCGGACCUGGAGAUGGAUCUAUUUCAGCGUAAGUCCAUGUGCUCCACGGACUCAACGGAGUCAUUGUCAAUAACUGAAACGCUUGCCACAGGCAUUGACAGUGCAGCAGCAGAAGCGUCCAGCGAAGAUGAACAAGAGCAAGACGAACGGUUCGAUGAUGAUAAUUUGCAGGAUAACUGGAUUAGGCCCGGCGAGACGCUCAGCUGUGAGAACAGCCAAUUAGACUUGACACCCAAACGGCACACACUUUUUGAGGAUCUGAAGGGUUUCUCGCGUCGUCUGCAGAAACUGAUGCACUUGACGCCCAAACUGUCAAUACAACCGAAGCGUGCCCUGCUGCUUGCCACUGCUGCACUGGAACCGUCACUGGAGCGCAAGUCAUAUUAUAGUUCACAGCCGGAGCUGCCCACGAACAGUGCCAUGGAUUGGCCCUGUGCAAAUCUGAGUGCAUUCGUAUCCAUGCUGCAGCUGAAUCAUUUGCCCAGCUAUGAAUCCACGCUUAGUCAGUUCGCUAGCGUUAAUUGUCUAGAUGUUGCACCAUUAGUAGAGUUUGAUACCCCUCCGAACACGUUGCUGCCAGUUGCGCCCGUGCUGUGCAUUUGCCCCUCGACACCCACUCCAACUGAAUCCGACAAUAGCUCACAGCUAUCGCCCACACAGACGCGUGCCUUUGAAUAUUAUGAUCCUCCCGUUUUUAAACUAGACCAUGUUGUAAAUAUUUCUAAUAGUACUAACCAUAGUAACAACAAUAAUAAAUCAUCAUUGCUUGCUCCAUGCUAUUCUGUUUCGCCAUUUGCCAUACAAAACCAACAACAACGCUCAACUAGGUCCAGCAGCGAUCUUCAGCAGCUUCAGCAGCAGCAGCAGCAGCAACAGUCGCCGGCACAGGGCGUGCUCAUUCCCACAACCAUUACGACAAUCGAGAGUAAUGCGAGUGGGAAAAGGUUUGCAUCGCCGGUUAGCAGCAAUCGCAUGAAGCUUACGCCCAGUCCAUCCAAGAGCGGAAUUUCGGGCGGUGGCAAUGCAGACAGCGCAUCUACAUCCACCACCUCAACAGCUACAACAAUGGUGCAGACCAAAGAGCUGGGUGAGAUAUGUCGUCGCUCAUCCGACUCCGAUUUAAGCGUAACGCCAAAAGGCAACUCCAUUUGCGUGGCAAGCGAGCGUUUGGUUGCGGCCACGGCCAUGAUGCGCCUAACCACACCCACAGUGGGCAGCAAGGCAACGGAUAGUCUAGAUAUGCUGGAAUACCCAUUCCUAACUAUGACUAAAUAUCCAACUGGCUUCAUACUGCACCUGGGCGCAACUGUAGCGGCCAGGUCGGUGAAACUCCUAGAACGUGUGCCCAAUCCCGAUGAGCCUGAAGUACGGGACAGCUGGUGGACUGAGCUGCGCAUGGAAAUUCGCUCUCAUGCCCGUUCUUUGGGCUGUAACGUGGUGCUAGGUUACAUGGAGUCAACAACAAUAUCUGAAGAUGUGUGCGUUUUGUCUGCCACAGGCACCGCAGCAGUCAUAAACAUGGUCUUUAAACGGUCCGUUUCGCAAACAGAUAUUUUUGCCAUAUCCAAGGCAAGCAACAAUGUGGCUGCGAUGUCCAAUUCGCUGGAGGAGCGCGAAGCAAACGGCAGCGUUAGUGAGGCAGCAGCCUCUAGCAAGGACGGCAGCUCAUUAGCUACAGCUAAUGGCUCGGGAUCGGCAAGCAAGCGCUAUGGCUUGCCAGCUCCUAAUGCGCCACGCAAAACCUGUGCGAUCUGUCAUGUGCCAUACAACCUGAGCUCGGUGAAGAUGAAGAAGUGCGCCAUUUGCCGCAAAGGCCGGGUGCCAGAUGUGCUGCUGGCCACGCUGGAGGUUCCAGAGUUCAUGCAGGUUACUGGACGCGGUUGUUUCAUGCAAGCGCAAGUUGUCCGCGCUAAGCGGGAUCUGCGUGCCGAACUGAAUGCUAAAGAUAUUUCCGAUGGAUUGCCCUUUUUGGAAUACGAGCUGCACCGUGUGCUGAUAAAUAAGCUGAAGGCCAAGGGCAUGAAUGCCAUUUUUGGACUGCGCACCCAGGUGGCCAUUGGCGAGCGCAUGAUAGCGCUAAUUGCCACGGGUACAGCUCUCUUUCUGACUGCGCUCCCCGUGCCGCUGGUGCCUAAAAUUGUGGCAGGCAACUCGUGGACGGACAAACAAAAACUCAACGAACUACAGAAAAAGCUGCAGGAGACAUUUGAGCGCAACCAAGAGAUUUAUCAGUUAAAAAGCAUGGAUCCUGACAUAGUCAGCGCUAGUGGUGCCGUGGGAGACAAGCAUUCGGAUAGUGAUGAUUCGGAUGAUGAGGAAAUGAAUGAAAUCGACUUGAAUUGCGGAAACAAAGAGAUGUGUGUACUAGAGGUUGAUGAUAUUGAGGAUUUGGAAAUUAUAUCGUUGCUCAUGGAACCAUAUCCACCCGAAGGCUUUCAUGUCGUAAACACGCAACAGGUGCCAGGUAUGCUGGAGCUGGAUGGUGUUAAGAAUCUUCAAAUGUUUACGCAAGUGUGGCGUGCUCGCCUCGAGGUGGGCCAAAGCGUAAAUGGAUUCCCUAAACACUUUCAGCGACUUCUACAGACCAUCUAUUUUAAGCUGCGCACAAUGAUACCCUGUGCAAUAUGCGAUCUGCGUUUUAGAUUGGAUUUGCCUGAAACGGACCAAAUCCAAUUACUUGUCACUGGCAUGGCCAUGGGUCUGAGCGAUGCUAACAAAAUGAAAUAUCGACGCCGGGGAGCGCCGGUGGCACAGAUGCAGAAUGGCUUCAAUGAUGCGGCAACGCAACCAGUGUCCGUUGUCCAUGAAACCCAAUCGCAGCCUGAACUAAAUGGCAAGCGAAUGCUACAAGAAGAGGAUUACAUUUUUCCGCUGGAUGAAGAUCAAAUGGUCGAUACUCCCACACCGACCAGCUCAGCAAUACCUCCGUUCGGCAUGAGUUCUUUCAAAGUGCGAAAGACUUCGCCAUCGCGAUUAAAUAAUUUAGCGGCAGCUUUACCGCCAGCCAAGCCGCUUAACAUGACACCAUUGGCACGCAAUCGCUACUUUCCGCUACGCGAUCGUCAUGGAGUGGACUUGACUCCACUAAGCUUCAUACCAGGUGGACGGAUUGAAAAGUAUUUGGGGAACUUGAACUUCUUCUUUAUUAGGGAGAGUACUUCCAUACGCGAAUACGGUGGAAUUAGCGGAUUCGUGCAUGGCUUUAUCACUGAGCUGCUGGCCGUGGUGCGCGCCCAUAUUGCUUCUCUAGGAGGUAAUGCAAUGGUGUCCUUUUAUUUGACCGAACUGAUGUUAUUUGAUAAUCAGCACAAAAAUCAGGGUCAGUGCCUGAUCAGCAUCGGUGGCGAUGCGGUCUAUGUCAGCUACUAUGCCGAUGACUGAUAUACACGUUUGCGGGGCAUAUAGCGCCUGUUUUACGCGAAUCGCCCCAAAAGUCUCUACUACUAAAACUCUCUUUUGUUGUCUCUCUUUAUGGAUGCUAACUCCAUUUCACCAAUCUGGCUCAGCGCAUAUGGCCUGCCCUGUUGACAGGCCCAACUUAUAAAAAUGCUUGUUGACUUAAAUAUGUAAUACAGAUAUAGAGUAAUCGGUACUUACUAUAACGGCUAUAUAUAGUUGAAAUCAAUAUGCAAUAUUGGAACUGUGACUUGACUUUCGACAUGUAGAAUGAAUUUUUCUUGUCUUGUUAUUUGUUUGCUUAAUGUUUAAAGCUUA